GGCCGGCGGCGGGGGGAGGCCGGGCGCGGCGCGGCCUGGGCGGCGGGACGCGGAAGUGCGGCGGCCUGAGGGGAGCCCGCGGGGAGCCGCCAUGCGCCUGCUGCUGCCGCUGCUGCUGCUCCUCGGCCUGGCGCCGCGGGCGGGCGGCCGCGGGCCGCUGCGGGCCUUCGUGGUGGCCCACAGCCACAUGGACGUCGGCUGGGUCUACACGGUGCAGGAAAGUAUGCAUGCUUAUGCCGCGAAUGUCUACACGUCUGUUGUGGAAGAGUUAAUAAAAGGAAAGCAGCGCAAAUUUAUUGCUGUGGAGCAGGAGUUCUUUCGACUCUGGUGGAAUGCAGUAGCCACGGAUAAGCACAAACAGCAGGUACAUCAGUUGCUUCAAGAGGGACGAUUGGAAUUUGUCAUUGGAGGGCAAGUGAUGCAUGAUGAAGCUGUGACACUAAUUGAUGAUCAGAUUUUACAGUUGACGGAAGGCCAUGGGUUUUUAUAUGAAACCUUUGGGAUCAGGCCUCAGUUUUCUUGGCAUGUAGAUCCUUUUGGAGCUUCAGCUACAACGCCAACUCUUUUUUCUCUGGCUGGUUUUAAUGCUCAUCUUAUCUCUCGAAUUGACUAUGAUCUGAAGGCUGACAUGCAGAAAAACAAGAAACUUCAGUUUGUAUGGCAGGGCUCUCCUUCCUUAUCUGAAAGUCAGGAGAUCUUCACCCAUGUUAUGGAUCAGUACAGCUACUGCACUCCAUCACAGAUACCUUUUUCAAACAGGUCAGGAUUUUAUUGGAAUGGAAUUGCAGUUUUCCCAGAUCCACCGAAAGAUGGUGUUUAUCCAAACAUGAGUCUCCCUGUUACAGAUACCAAUGUUCAUCUGUAUGCACAAACCAUGGUGACAAACAUUAAGGAGAGAGCAGCCUGGUUCCGAACAAGUGAUGUCUUGUGGCCGUGGGGCUGUGACAAACAGUUCUUUAAUGCAUCUGUUCAGUACUCCAACAUGGACCUAUUGCUGGAUUAUAUUAAUGAGCAUUCUGAUCAGUUUGGAGUGACUGUCCAGUAUGCCACUGUUGGUGAUUACUUCCAAGCAGUUUAUAAUAGAAGUCUUACAUGGGAAAUUCGGGACUCUGAAGACUUUCUUCCAUAUUCCACAGAGCCAUUUCAAGCAUGGACGGGGUUUUAUACUUCUCGGAGCAUAUUGAAAGGAAUUGCAAGGAGAGCAAGUUCACUGCUUUAUGCUGGAGAGUCCUUUUUCACGCAGUAUGUCCGGAGACACCCAGCAAGUUCUGUUUGCAAAUGUCAAGCCUUAAAGCAACUUCAGAGCCUUAGAUGGGCAGUUUCAGAGGUCCAGCACCACGAUGGUAUAACUGGCACAGAGUCUCCCAAGGUGAAGGACAUGUACAUGGAUAAUUUGAUGUAUGGAAUGUUCAACGUAAAGAAGCUGAUGGGUUCCAUAAUCUUUGACAUAAACAAUGCUGAGAAGAAUGGAGAGGUCUACUCUUAUGUUUACAAUAAAGACUCAGGAAAACUAGAUAAAGGUACUACAGAUGUUGACCAAUAUGUGAUUGUCUAUAAUCCACUGGCAUGGAACAUCACCACCUUUGUCGUGGUUUCUAUCAGCCACUCGUCAGUCAGCGUAUAUGAUGAGCUUGGACAUUCUGUGCCCGCACAGAUUCAGAGCUCAGCAGAGUCCCAUUUUACCUAUAAUCUGUAUAUUCUAGUUGCAAUAAGCGGUCUGAGCUACAGAAAAUACAAUAUUAAGCCUUCGCUUGGUAAGCAAUCUGCAUUUAUUGGAAGAUCAGUUAAGUACAAGCGAAAAGACAUAACCCAUGCACGCCAACAAAGUCAACAGUUGCUUCCAGUGGUUAACAACUGCUACCAGGUCAUGUUUGACCAAAACACUAAUCUAAUGCACAGCAUUACAGAGAGGGAGACUAACCAGACUGUCCAGCUGACACAGGAGUUCCUUGAGUACCAUGUGAAUGGAGAUAUGAAGAAAGGACCGAUUUCAGAUAACUACUUAUUUGCCCCAAAUGCUUCAGCUGUUCCAGUGUCAAAAGCAGUGGGAUUGGAAGUGGUUUCUGGAAACUUAGUGACAGAGAUACGCCAGUAUUUCUACAGUAAUGUUACUGCUCAGGAGUACAUAUACGUAGUGUAUACCAGGAUGUAUACAGUACCAGAAGGCUAUGAUGGAAGGUUGCUUUGCCGUAGGGUAGAGCAAGAAUACAGCGCUGGGCCUUUGGAACUAAAUCGUGAGGCAAUUCUAAGAACAAGCACAAAUUUGAACACUAGACAGCUACUCUACACUGACAGCAAUGGAUAUCAGAUUCAGAAAAGACCAUUCAAGGCAUAUGUGAAUAACACAGUGGCUCGGAACUAUUAUCCUAUGGUCCAGACUGCCUAUAUUGAAGAUGAUAGCACAAGGUUGGUGCUACUUGCAGAAAGAGCUCAUGGUGUCUCGAGUCAAGGAAACGGCCAAGUGGAGGUGAUGCUGCACAGGAGACUGUGGAACAACCUUGAGUGGGACCUGAAUUACAAUCUCACUUUGAAUGACUCUUCGGUGGUUCGUCCUGUGUUUUGGCUUAUUUUAGGAACCAAGAGUGUCACCAAUACAUUGUAUCGGACAAGUGGGCUUGCAUUAGAACACAGACCAGUUGUUAUGUUUGGAGCAUUAUCAGGAGAUAAACCAAAGCUAACCAGGCAACUUCAGCUGAAUUCAGUCCACAGUUCUCCUGUAACUGUCCCGCCUAAUCUUCAUCUCCAGACUCUGAGCAUCCCAGGGUGGAAAUACAGCUCCAAUCACACAGAGCAGAUUCACAGUGUUCACAUGGGUAAACAAAAGCAAGCUGAUGCAGACUUCAGUCGUGUCCUGCUAAGAAUUAGGCACCUGUAUGAAGUGGGAGAAGAUCCUGUACUGUCUCAACCUGUAAUAGUGAAUUUGAAGUCUUUGCUGAAGGGAUUAGGAUCAGUGAUGUUAGUGGAAGAGCGAUCACUCACAGGCACCUGGGAUGUAAACACUUUGAAGCGGUGGAAGUGGAAGACUGCACAGUAUCCAAGCAAAGGAUUCUACAAUAGCAGAGAGACCUCAGAAAACUGUAUAGUAACUGUUCACCCAAGGGAGAUAAGGACUUUUUUUGUAUACUUUCAAGAUCAGUGAAGUUUGGCAUUGUAUUUCAAGAGUGAAUAUUUAAUAGGCUCCAAUAUUUGAAGACAUGAGUGAUCCUGAAAAAAACAUUCUACUGCUGUUAAUGAAAGGAACAGUCAUUUUGGAGUAAACUUCAAAUUUGAUUAAACUUUUAGCCUGAA